AUGGAGGUGAAGAAUCUCAUCUUAGCACUGUCCAUGUUUGGAUGGACGUUCGGACACCCUGCCGGGAACAACACCCAUGUUCUUGAACUUCCGCCUCGCUACCAUAACGGUUCUGUCACCGUUGAGCACCUCUCCGUAGCUGGAAAUCUUGACGGUUUCAAAAUGUCAACUCCUGCAGCUCGGGCGUCUGCAGACUUUUGGUACUUUGAUGUUUUUUCAAAGUCUACCAACCAGACUUUAAACAUUGUCUUCUUCAACUCCGGCGAAUUCUCGGAAUAUCCUCACCCCUUAGCAGUCCAAAUAUCUGGCGUGUAUCCCAACGGAACUGAUUUCUACUACGAAGCCUUGGCAAACGACGGAGUGACUCUCAGCAAUGGAUUUCAAGGCAUAUCUGGAGACUGGAAGGGGAUCGGAAGCUUCAAAGGUUCAGCUUUGGACAAGCCGGAUGUCGAGUACAUCAUCAGCAUUGACUCGGACCAAAUGGACAUCAAAGGAAACCUUUCUUUCAAAUCCACUGCUCCUGCCCACUACCCCUGCGAUUUAAACGGCGCUGUCGGCGUCACUCAAAAUCUUUUGCCUGGGUUGUACUGGGCAAACGCAGUCCCCGAUGCCGAUACAAUUGUCGCUCUUACCGUCAAAGAUACACCCAUAAGCUUCGAUGAUGGAAUUGGUUACCAUGAUAAGAACUGGGGGAACCAGUCCAUAAUCGAUGGCCCCCGCUACUGGGAUUGGGGUCACGGAAGAUUGGGCCCUUACUCCGUCGUUUGGUAUAAUCUGCUCGACUACAACGGCAACGAGAGCCGACGAUCGUAUGUUGUCAAAGACGGUCAGGUUUUGCUGGUCAGCUGCAACCCCGAAAGCAUGACGGUCCGACAGAGAGGCGGUAAGGCUGCUUGGCCGCCUACCACUGGCUUGCUUGAGACUGAUGGCUUGACGAUCCAAUACAACCUUCCCAACGGUGAGAUCUUGGCUUUCAAUGUUACCACUGAGCUCAUUGUCAAGGACGAGAGUGGUAUAUACCAACGCGCCAAUGGACUCAUCGAAGGAGGCAUUGUAGGACAAGAGACGUUUACGGGGCGUGGCCAUUUUGAGGAGUUCAUCUUCGGUAUUGUGACAGAUUAUACGCCGCAAGUCUAG